AUGGACUUAAUUUUAAGUCAAAAUGAAGAGCUUAGCAAGUUGCCAAAAGCGGCCGGGAAUAAUCAAUAUUUGGCUCCAAGAAUUCAAAAAGAUAUUACUACUUGCUUUGAAGUGGAAGUACUUAAAUCUAUUUUUAAAUAUAUUGGUGAUGAUGCUUUUGAAUUAUUAGUCGAUGAGUCUAGUGAUGUAUUAAAAAAAGAACAAAUGGCGAUAGUUUUAAGAUAUGUUGAUACUCAUGGACUUGUUAAAGAGAGAUUUGUGAGUCUUGUUCAUGUAAUGGAAACUUCUUCUUCAUAUAUUAAAGUUUCCAUUGAUGAAUUUUUUGCUAAACAUAAAUUGAGUUUGAUGCAGUUAAGGGGUCAAGGUUAUGAUUGCGCAAGAAGUGGCUUAAACCAAGAGCUUUCUCUAACACGGCCCGGAGAUACAACAUGGAAUUCUCAUUACAGAACACUUUUGCGUUUGGAAGUUUUGUUUCCAUCUGUUCUUAGCGUACUUGAUUAUGUUAAAAAGGAAGGAACAAAUGGUUCUACACAAAAUAAGGCAAUUGGUCUCAAACGGUAUUUAAGCUCAUUUGAUUGUGUGUUUCUUUUGCAUUUGAUGUCACACAUUUUAGGGAUCACGGAUGUAUUGUCACUGGCACUUCAAAGAAAAGAUCAAGACAUCUUGGAAGCGGUUUCAACGGUGAAUUCUACAAAAAGAAAACUUCAAGAGUAUAGGCUUAAUGGGUUUGAGCGACUUUUAAAGAAAGUCUCUUUGUUUUGUGUGAAACAUGGCAUUAAGUUGUUGAAAAUGGAUGAAAUUUGUGCUAAUAAAAGAUGUCAAUGGGACAACAUUACCAAUCGACAUUAUUAUGAGUUUGACUCUUUCAAUACCAUAUUGGAUUUGAUCAUCAUUGAAUUUGGCAAUCAUUUUAGUGAGGCUAGCACCGAAUUACUUAACAAUAUGGCCGCUUUGAAUCCGUGUGCUUCAUUCUCUAACUUUGAUGUAUCAAAGUUAGUGAGGUUAAGUGAAAUGUAUCCUUAUGAUUUUGAUGACAAUAAAAGAAAGACUCUUUUGCAUGAACUUGAGUUAUACCAUGAUAAUGUGCAACAUGAUGUAAGAUUUGUUAACUUGAAUAGUAUCACCUCUCUUGCAAUGUUAAUGGUGGAAACAAGGAAGCAUCUUUCAUACCCUUUGGUAAAUCGUCUAUUAAAGCUAGCAUUGGUUUUGCCCGUUGCAACCGCCACAGUCGAGAGAUGUUUUUCUUCAAUGAAGCUUGUAAAGGCGGAUUUGAGAAAUCGAAUUGGUGAUAUGUUCUUUAACUUGUGUUUGAUUUGUUCGGUAGAAAGAGAAGCACUUGCCAAUGUCACGAAUGAACAAAUCAUUGAAAGGUUUUUAAAGAUGGGUACUCGCAAAGGACAAUUGUAA